AUGCCAUCCGAAUUUUUGAAGAGUAUGGUAUCCAUGAAAUUCUUGCUUCAUUAUGAGUUCAACGAGGAUGUUAAUGGAUGCCGCGCCACUCUAUUUCCAAUUGAAACACCAAAACUGUGUUUAGCGAAUUUUGACCCUUCAUCCACUUCACAAUCACCAUCGAGUAAUCAGCUUCCGUGUUACGCGUCAACGCAUUUCAACCGAGCUAAACCGUUAGCACAGACAGCUCAUGGAAUUACAUAUCCAUCGUUGACAGCAUCUCAAGCGAUUGGAAAUCGUGCGCAUAUUCUGCUGCAAGACGCUUUCCUUCUAGAAAAACUGCAAUCAUUCAAUCGCGAACGCAUUCCGGAAAGAGUUGUUCAUGCAAAGGGCGCCGGUGCAUUCGGCUUCUUCAAAGUAACGAACGAUGUAAGCAAAUACACGAAAGCUGGAUUUCUGAAAACGAUUGGACGAAUAACACGAGUUGCUGUCCGUUUCUCAACCGUUGGUGGUGAGUCUGGAUCGGCUGACACUAUCACAGAUCCGAAAGGAUUUGCGACGAAAUUUUACACCAAAGAAGGGAUUUUCGAUCUAGUUGGAAAUAAUAUCCAAGUAUUUCCCAUACGUGACCCAAUGCUUUUUCCUGAUUUGAAUCGAUCGCGUAAACGAAAUCCUCAAACUCAUCUACACGAUCCAACGUCAUUUUGGGAUAUGACUAGCUUACGGCCCGAAAUGACGAUGCAUACACUAUAUCUCUUCUCCGAUAUCGCCCGACCCAAAUCUCUGGCGUACAUUGACGGAGCUGGUGUGCACACAUUCAAAAUGGUGAAUGCGGAUGGCAUCCCCAAUUACGUGAAGUUCCACUGGAUAUCGAAUCAGAAAAACAAAGAGUUUUUCGAUUCCGAUGAAUGUGUCCAAAUGGCUGGUACAAAUCCAGAUAUCCUACUACAGGAUCUAUUCGACCGCAUCGAACGUAAUGAGUAUCUCAGCUGGAAUUUGUACAUUCAAGUGAUGACAUUUGAUCAAGCGGAAGUGCAUCCUCAAAAUCCGUUCGAUGUUACGAAGUUUUGGAAAUUGGAGGAUUUCCCAAUGAUAUUGGUGGGUACGAUGAUUUUGAAUCAAAAUCCGAAAGACUACUUCACAGAAGUGGAACAGUUAGCAUUCAGUCCAUCGCAUAUGGUGCCGGGAAUCGAACCCAGUCCCGACCGAAUGCUACACGCUAGAAUGUUUUCGUAUCCAGAUGCUCAAGUGUACCGACUCGGAGUCAAUUUCCCACAAAUUCCGGUAAAUAGUUGUCCCUUCCAAGUGAAUACGUAUCAGAGAGACGGACACAUGAAUGUCGGCGGGAAUGGUGCUGGUGCGCCAAAUUAUUUUCCGAACAGUUUCGGUGGCAUCCAUUCCAUUGACGAAGGCGCUAAGUCUGUCAAACAGUCGAUUUUUUCGGUCAGUGGUGAUGUGGAUCGUGUGGACACUGGUAACGAUGACAACUUUUCGCUUCCGAGGUACUAUUUGGAGAAGUUAGUUGCGGCUGACGAGAAGAAACGAAUUAUUGGUAACAUUGCCGCCUUUCUGGGGAAGGCUGACAAAACGGUACAAACGAAUUACAUCAAACUAAUUGCGUACGAAAUCAGCGAAGAAUUUGGCGAUUCCCUGAAAUCAAUUUUGAAUCUUACGAGCGUACAUCAAAAAGAAUAA